CUCAUUGCUCUGUGUCUGUGGACAAUUUAAGAAAAACAAAAUAUCAAAAUAGAAAACAACACUGAGAGUUCAAUAAUUCACUAAUAUAAACUAAUUAAAAGAAAAUGAUUGAGGAUACAGCUAUCAAUUCGAUAUAUAGCGCUUUCCAAAAGUCCCUGGAGGAGGAACAAGAAGUUCGUGAUGGUAUACGAAAUAUAUGCAAAGAGGUUGACCAGUUGGCGCGGGAGAUAUCAGCAAUUUUUCAAAUUAUACACCAUAGUGAGGAAGGAAUAUUGCCAGCAUGUCUGAAGGCCCGCGAGCUCUUCAACAAGGCAAAUGAGGGCUAUGUAAAGCUAAAAGAAAUUGUCCCCGCCACAGAUUAUUAUAAGUAUCAUGACCACUGGCGUUACAUGACACAGAGGUACUGUUACCUCAUUUCACUGACAAUAUGGCUGGAGAAGGGUAUACUGGCCAGUCUUGAGACUAUUGCUGAAGUAUUAGGCAUAGGUGCAGUGGAGCAAACAACGGGCUUUCAUUUGGAUCUUGAAGAUUACUUGAUCGGUCUACUGUGUCUAUGUUCAGAACUGGCAAGAUUAGCAGUGAAUUCAGUAACUCGUGGUGAUUGUGAGAAGCCUUUGCAAAUAUCCAAGUUUGUUAUAGAGCUGGAUGCUGGCUUCAGAUUAUUAAAUCUUAAAAACGAUCAUCUCCGCAAAAGAUUUGACGCGCUGAAGUAUGAUGUGAAAAAAAUAGCGGAGGUUGUCUGUGAUCUGAAUAUCCAGGGGUUGCCCAAACCGGAGGCGCAAGAUGCGUUGGAAAUGCCGGACGAUAAGACUGACUCUUAGUUUUAAAUUUUACAUUUUUAAAUAAAUUCGGUGCUGA